UAACGACGACGUAAGUCAUUCAAAAAUUAUUCAGCGUCCGAGUAAAAUCGUGUGCAAGAGUUUUGUGUGAUUUUUAUUUUGUGAUUUUCAAUCGUGUGCUUUGUUUGUGUUGCGUUGGUGUGGGUGCUUUAAGGGGCAAUUUUGCUCGUAUCUACCAAACUCCCGGAUCCUGCGACCUCAGUUUCUGUCCGGAAUGCCCCUGAACGAUGUGGUUUCCUCCGGCGUUGGAGUUUAUCCGGAAAAUGGCACCAAGCACAAGCCGCAGGGCAUGGCGAAGCCACCGGACUCUUCAGCCGGCUCCAAUUCCAAUUCCGGUUCGGGAUCGGGAUCGGGACUCUCGCUAUACGCCUUGCAGAGCCAAAAGUGGCAGCAGGUCUUCGACUUGGACAAAGUCAUCAAGCAGCUGCGUACGGCUGAGAAAACCUACCUGCGUGGCGGUAAAAACUCCUCCUCGUCCGCCGCCGCCGCUGGAGGAGAUCAGCAGGCGAAGGUGCAGGUGCAGCGUCUCCAGUCGGCGGACAUGGCCUACUACGAUCUGGUGCCCAAGCUGGCCAGCCGGGACAUAGUACUCUGUAGUUCCUGCUCGGGAUGUUACACGAAGGCAGGCUUCCAGCAUCACAUUGCACUGCAGCAUCCGAGCGUUUGGGAGGCCACCUCCAGCAAGGUCAAUCUCAAUCCCAAUGGGACAGCAAACAGCGCCAGCGACUCGCGUCUCACUGCCACGGAAAACAGCCAGGAGGGCGGCGGCGGGGGUGGGGCCAUAGUGCCCAGUUCGCCCACGGACACACUCUCUGCUUCAACGCUCUCCAGCUGCUCGAACGGCUCCAGCAGCUCAGCCUCACUGCAGCAUCCGGCUGGGGCGGGAUCCUCCACGACCACCACGUCGUCCUCCUCAUCGUCAUCGCGUCACAAGAGCAGCAGCAGCAAGAGCAGCAGUUCCUCCUCAUCCAAGGGCAGCAGCAGCACUUCCGCCGGCAGUCGUUCGCGUUCCAAGUCGUCCAAGAACCGCCACCACUCCUCGCCAGCUCCGGCGCCAGCGUUGGACUCCAGUCACAAGGACUCCAAGGGAUCUAAAAAGAGCGGCGCGGCCAUAGCGGUUCCUCCCUUGGUUGCUCCACUUGUCAAAGAGGAGCCUCCAUCUGCGGUCGCUGCUGGCCCGGCUGCCAUCACCGUGUUCUCCUCCUCCAGCAACUCGUCCUGCAGCCUACCGCCCACUCCCACACUGGGUGCAGCCUCCAGCGAGGUGGUGGCGGCACUGGGGGUCAACUACUCACCUGCCCAGCUCCAAGCGGAGGCGGAUAAGCUGCCCGAGCUGCAGCCAAAGAAAAAGCUGAAGGGCACCAGCGAUCAUCGAACAAAAGCGGAAAAGGACAAGAACAAAGAGAAGGCCCUGGUGAAUCCCUACGAGCAGCAGCAGCAGCAAGUGCUCAGCGAGCUGGACCAGGCGGUGUCCUCCAUCACGGGAGCGGUUACCUCCGAACAGGUGGCCACCGAAGAGGAGGAACUGCCAAUGCCCAACACCUCCGAUGAGAACUCCAUCUCCCAGACACUUGACGAAAUGCUGGACAGCAAGCUGAUCAACGAGAUACUCAAUAACUUUGAUGAGAGCGUCUUGGACACAUCGCAACAGCAGCAGCAGCUCCAGCAGCAGCUACAGCAGCAGCAAUCGCAGAAUGGAGCAGCUCUUUCGCAUCCCGCACAGGCCUCAAAAAGACUGCGCUACGAGGACGGAACCGCCAUUGGCGAGGAUUACACCGUCUAUCAGCAGCAGUCGGCGGGUCAACAGGUCUACGGCGAGGUGGAGCAUCAGCAGGAGCUGACCACCAUCGAUGCCAUUCAGCUGCAGCAGCUCAUCUACCAGCAGCAGCAGAUGCUCGAUCAGCAGCAACAGCAGGAGCAGCAGGAGCAGCAGCAGCAGCAGGUGGAUCAGAAGCUGCAGCUCGAUCACGAUCAGCAGCGUCAGUUCAGCGUUUACAAUGUGCCAUCCCUGACGGACGAGGUGAUGGCCCAUCCGCAGCAGCAGCAACAGCAGCAACAGCAGCAGCUGGAGGAGCACAUGAUCCUGCCCAACAUCAUUUACGAGAUCACCGAAUCGAAUCCCGUUUCCAUGCUGGAGCAGCAGAAGGUAUUGGCCGAAUUCCUUACCCAGGCGGGCUACGAAAACGUGGACGUGAAUGUCGUGCAAUCGGGCAUGCAUUCCGGUUUGAGUUCUGCAAUGGUGGACCCUAUUACGACCACCACCAUUACUACCACCACCACCACCAACACCACCACCAACCACUUGGCGGAUGAGCUGGGCGACUUUGAGUUCAGUAAACUGGAGACUGUUAGCGACACCGUUAAGACUGUUAAGCUGGAGGCCGCCAAGGCCGCCAGCCAGCCACCCACAACAAAUCCUCCUCAAAUCAACCAUCAUCCAUCGCUGGCCAAUGCCAAAUACCACGAGGACAGCUUCUUCAAUGUGAUGCUGUACGCGGGGUCGCCCCGUCCACUGGCCAUGAACACAUUUGGCAUGGUCAAGAUGCCCCAUGGAUUGGGUGUGACCUUCCGCAAGGAUCUGCUGACCACGCGGAAGGCCAACAACAGCCUGUUGUCCCUCACCGGUGGCAGUCAUCAUCUGGGCGUGGUUGGACAGCUGGCCCGCCCACCGCCGCCGCCCUCGCCAGCGUUGAGUAACGGUCUGCCGGGCAAGAGUCCGGCCACGGGCAGAACCAUCUAUGCUCAGAGAUCGAAUGUCAUAGCACAGGAUCGCUUAAGGUGCAAUAAGAGGGCGCUGGUCAGUGGCAAAGUUGGAGGAGCAGGAGCAGCGGGAUCAUUUGGAGUAAUGACGGCCAAGCGGUUAAACGAACUGCUGAUGGGAAAGGUCAAAAAGGAGGAGAAGCCACCGCCAGCGGAGGGAGAAACCGAAUCCGAACAGCCGCUGAAGGAAAAGGAGCGCGAGAAGGAGGACAACAAGCUGACCUCCAGUUUCUACGAGAAACGGCGCCGUCUGCUGGCGGGCAAACAGCAGGAGCAGCUGCAGAAUGUCGGACGAGCCAGCUUCACCCUGCCGCUCCAGAGUAACCACAAUGCCAGCCAAAGUCAAACUCAGAGCCACUCGCCACAGCAGCUGCUCAAGAAGCAACUGCUGCUGCGCACUCUGUCCGACAGCAGCAGCAACCUCAACAUCAGCAACAUGAACAGCAUCAGCAACAUUAGCAACACUCCCAGCGCCAAUAGCAAUCCUCCCUGGAAGGGGAACAAUUCCAAUCCGGGAGGCAACUCCACUCCAACCAGCAGCGACUUGAUGCGCGUCUUUGUCUGAUCUGAUCUAAUCUGAUCCGAUUCCGAUUGCGAUUCCGAUCUGAUCUGAAAUACAGAUUGCGCAUACGACGCGUGUCCCUAGUUAUAUAUGUUUAUACAAUAUACGAUCGAUUAUGUGCAGCAGCCUCUUAAAAAUGCUAAAUUAAUUUUUUAAUAAUUUUUUUAAAUCAAUUCUUCAUUUUUUAAAAGUGAUAAUUAGUUAUCGAUUAGUUGAUUGUAUGUAGUUCUCUGUUUAGUCUAUGCCCUAAGUUAAUUUAAUAAAUAUACACAUAUAUUUUCUCGUGGCUAAGCAUAACGCUAAGUACUCGUAAAGCAUUAUUUAUAAACGCUGUAAACUUUUAAAAAAUACAAGAGCAUGCCUAAGUUCAAUUCAA